GUCAUACCCGCCGCGGCUUUUGCUUCAAGUCUUCGGGUCAUUUGAACUUCGUGGUGUUUCCAACAAACAUCUCAGCUCAAGAACAUGACCCUCUCGGAAAAUGAACACGAAAAUGGGGGUGAUUUUCCCUGGGAGAUUGGGGUCUUUGACGCCCAUUGUCAUCCUACCGACACCAUGUCCUCGAUUGCUGAGAUACCUCAGAUGAAAGCCACCACUUUGACCGUCAUGGCCACGCGUGGCGAGGACCAGGAUUUGGUGCUACAGACUGCUGCAACUCUCUCGGGUCGGGACACAGCUAUCAAUGGCUCAAAUACCGGACGCGUCUUGCCUUGUUUCGGCUGGCACCCGUGGUUCUCACAUCAAAUUCUCGAUGAUAAUCCCGAUUCAUCAGAGUCUGAUGUAGCCUCGGGAUCUGAAAGAAAGAAGGCGCAUUAUAGAAAAGUGCUUACUCCAUCGCCGGACGAUGAAUUCAUCUCAACCCUUCCGGAGCCAAAACCACUAUCCCAGCUCAUCUCGGAAAUCCGAUCCCGCCUGACAACGCACCCCCUGGCACUUGUGGGCGAGGUUGGCCUGGACCGGGCGUUUAGGCUACCCAAUUCUUGGAAGCCACAAGAUCUCGAGAAUCGUGACGAGGGAAUGACCCCGGGAUCCCGCGAGGGUCGCAAGCUGUCUCCUCAUCGAGUACAACCGGAACAUCAAAAAGCCGUUCUCAGGGCACAGCUUAAACUGGCCGGAGAGCUUCGACGCCCCAUCUCUGUCCAUAGUGUCCAAGCGCAUGGAGCUGUAUUUGAUCUUUUCAAAACCUUGUGGUCUGGUCAUGAACGAAAGGUGCAAUCGCGACGAGACAGGCAGCGACGCCGCAGUGUAGCCGACGCACACGCGGAUAGCGAGGCAGAGGAAGAGGAAGAGGGAAAACAGGCAUCACCCCAGCCAGAACCCCCUCUUCCAUUCCCACCACGGAUCUGUAUGCAUUCGUAUUCCGGCCCCGUGAAUCCCGUGAAACAAUUCUUACACGCGUCCAAUCCUUCGGAUGUAUAUUUCUCCUUUUCCACUGUGAUUAAUUUCAGCGGACCAUCGGCGCAGAAAGUGAUGGACGUCAUUAAAGCUCUGCCUGACGACCGAAUCCUUAUAGAGAGUGACUUGCAUACUGCCGGGCCGCCAAUGGACGAGCUCCUGGAGCAAGUCGCACGACAGAUCUGCGAAUUGCGAAGGUGGACGUUGCACCAGGGAGUGCAGCAGUUGGCGGACAAUUGGAAGCGAUUUGUGUACGGGUGA